CCUCCUCCUCCUCCUCCUCCUCUAUCAGACAGGCUGCUGCCGCUGCUGCUGCUGAGGAUACACAGCCAGAGGAGUUAUGCCCUGCCCAGCAGCGGCUUUGCCUAUUUGAUGAGGUGACCUAUGCAUACCGAGUAGUUAUAAAUCCGGGGAAUUCCCCGUGUUUUUGUUUAGCAUGAGCAUGGAAGAUUAUGACUACCUGUUCAAAAUAGUUCUGAUAGGAAAUGCUGGAGUUGGGAAGACAUGUCUUGUCCGGCGCUUUACUCAGGGCCUUUUCCCACCUGGACAGGGGGCUACUAUUGGAGUAGAUUUCAUGAUUAAAACAGUGGAAAUCAAAGGGCAGAAGGUCAAGCUGCAGAUAUGGGACACAGCUGGACAGGAGAGAUUUCGCUCCAUUACUCAGAGUUAUUACCGCAGUGCCAACGCCCUCAUUCUUACGUACGACAUUACCUGUGAGGACUCCUUCAGGUGCCUUCCAGAGUGGCUGAGGGAGAUUGAGCAGUAUGCCAACAACCAGGUGGUGACUAUAUUAGUCGGUAAUAAAAUAGAUCUGGCAGAGAAGAGAGAGGUUCUCAGACAGAGGGCUGAAGACUUCGCCGAGUCUCAGAGCAUGCUGUAUCUGGAGACCUCCGCCAAAGAGUCCGACAAUGUUGAGAGACUUUUCCUCGACCUGGCCUGUGAACUCAUUCAAGAGGCUAAGCAGAACAAGCUGGAUAACAAUGACACUGCCCCAAUGCCCGGUGAGGGUAAAACCAUCAGUUACUUGAGCUGCUGCAACCUCAAUUAGAGAGAGCUCAGACAUCUGGCCGUGGUAACUCAGCAGCCAUUGACUGUAGAGGGCAGAUGGCUGAGCCCCCAAUGCCUCCGUCCUUCUAAAAUGGCAUAAAGCCACUUCUUAAUCUCGUCAUUUCUAGUCCCAUGCCUUUUUUUUAAGCUGCAUACAGGAGUUAGUCAAAAGUUAGUUUGGCUUCCCAGGAGCAUGCAUUUUAGAUGCUGCCAGUUUGGAUAACAUUGUCCCUCAAUGCAGCAGGAUGUAAAGUUUGUCUGCCUGAUGCAUCCAGGAAUCUGAGUAGGGCUCCAUUUUGUCCUCCUAAUGGCGAAAUGGCAGCAUUUUCCUGUUUGGGCUUUAGGAUCCAUUUUCAUUAAAACACAUCAAUAGUCACCAGCAGUAUUACUUGAGCAAAAAGUUCUACCAGGUAUUUUGUUACAGAUUCCACAAUCGCUGACAACAAGUGUCAUGAUCAUUGGAGGUUAUCAGUACAUGGUAACAAUAUGUUUACAUACAGUACGUUUUUGAGAUUACCAAGUCUGAUCAAGUUGCAAAAAAAAAAACGUUUGCAAACUUACCCCUAAAAUCUGUUGCACAAUCAUUUAUUCCCCACUAUUUUUUUUUCUUCUGCUCAGAGAAUGGCAUACAAUUUAAUUAACUUUCAUAAUCUCAUUUCUCAGUAGUUAUUUGCAUUUGCACACAAACUGUGAAAUAUUUGUUUCCAAUAGAAGAAUUUUACUUGCUGCUAAAAUAUGUUUUUGUGUCGGGAUAACAUGAACUAAAACACAUGUAUAAACGCUACAUUGAAACAGUAUUCUGUGACACCAUUUUUUUUUAGCAUACUUGCAGUGCUUGCGAUAGGCCUGUUUAGUCUUUUGUCAGCUGUUUCUUUUAUCCACAGACAUGGAUAUUUCUGCCUUUUGUUGUUGCUGCCUAGCCAUGAAAUUGUAUCACUUCGUAUUUAUUUGAAGGGGUAUGUUCAUGUAGUUUCGUGUAUGACUUGUAGCUACUUCAUAUGCUUUUAUUGUGAAAUUUCUUGAUUGUCCAGCAUGUUUUUGCCAUGAUUUGUAGUGUCUUAACUUUAUCUAUCCUAUAUUUGCCAUACCUGUAAUGUACUGUAUUGCACAAUGCCAUAUACUGCACACUUUGUUUUUAUUGUAACAUUUUGUCUUUUGUUGUACAGAUGUGUAGUACAUUUUGGCACUUUGCUUUUAUAUUUUUUAAUUACAGUAAUCCCUUUGUACAACCAGCGAGCAUUUUGUUUUGCCUUUUACCUUAGAUUUAACGGCAGUGAUUUCUUGUUAAUCCCUUGCAUCUUCUUGUCAACACAAUAUGGGAAAUACAAAGAAAAACACUAUUGGGAUGUUGUGCUUCUUUUUCUUUGUGUACAAAAUAUUACCAACAUAAUACUGUAACAUUAAAUAAUUACACUAAAU